AUGGGAAACAUUAGCUCUAUACCAGACAGAAUGGCUGCCAACCAGAAGGAGAUGCAGGCAGAGAUGCAGUCUAAACAGUUGGCAAACCAAUUGAAACUUCAAGAUAGGAUGAUGAAGAAACAGAUCGCUCUUCAAGUCGCCAUUACCAAAGAGAGAACAUACUGGUUUGCUGGUGUGUGCGCACUGGGAUACCUGGGUCUGAUUGCUGCAAAGCUCAGAGGUAAGCCGGUACCAGAGGCUGCCAUCCCUCCAUUGGUUGGCCUGACCACGGUGACCGCCUAUCAAUAUGACAUGGCUUUUGGCGAUAAGAUGAAUCGUGUAAAGAAGAUGGCCGAAGAGAUCGAAGCAGACCCAUCCUAUUGGUUCAAUCCAAUUGAAGAUCCAUCAAUAAUGUCACAAAUAAAUCAACAAAAGUUGAAUGGAAAGAUGGACAUAAUAUCAAUCGUACUGACGGUAUUUGUAAUAUUGCUGAUUAUAGCAUGUAUUCUUGUGGACAUACUGAGGAACAACCCACAGAGACCACUGAGUCUGAAAUAUAGGGUGCGUCGAUUUGCAAACUGGUUCUCAUUGGGACUGUCCUACUCGGCAAUGUACAUUGGAAGAUAUAACUUCUAUUUGCUACUAGAGGCCAAACAAUCCAAUGGCACAGAGUUCAUUACAAAGGUGGAGUAUGGUUGGAUUAUGACCAUCGGCUACUGGACCUACGCCCUGUUCAGCCCUUUCACAGGUUCUCUUGGCGACUACUUUGGUCCAAAGCCUUGCGUGGUGCUUGGUGUCCUCGGCUCUGGCAUCACCAACGUCACACUUGGACUGGCUUUGAUCGGACACGACAGCCCCAUACUCAAGACUGUACCACCGACCCUACUCUUUGGUUUCAUGAACGGUCUAAACUUUUUGAUGCAGUCAUUCGCCACUGGAUCAGUGAGUAAGAUCAACUCGACAUGGUACAGGAGAUCAGAGCUUGGCGUAUUCGGAGGUAUAUUCAGCGCAGUGCUCGCCACGGCCUACUUCUUUACACUGAACGUUGGAGGUGGUAUUCUGGCAUCACCCCUGCCGUGGAACUCCCUGUUCAUCCUACCAGGUAUCCUGUUGGUUAUAUCUGGCAUGGCAUCCUUCUUUAUUGUCCAAGAGACACCGGCCAAGGCUGGAUGGGUCAGUAUCGAUCUGACAGAGUCUGAGCACAUGGUAACCCAUGUCCAUGACUUGCAGUCGUCCAACAGCAAGGUCACCAUACAUGAUGACACACACGAUGGCUCUGAUGAGCAUCACAACAACUCAGAAUUGGGUUAUAUGGAUCAAGAUGACCACCAUGACGAACUAGAGGUAGGAGUUGUGUUGAGCGACUAUGGAAACAUCCAGGAUAUCGAUGGCGCGGACGAUGGUGCAUCCACUCCAAAGGUCAGGAGAACAUUCAAAUCAGUGUUUAAAGAGAUGGCAAGUGAGGUCUUAAAGAAGGAGAACCUUCAGCCAAUACUAAGCAAAGAGAACAUCCUAAACUCUGCAUCACUCUUUUGCAUUGGAUGGAUAAAGGAGGGAAUAAUAUCAUGGUACAUCCCAUUCCUGAAAGUUAAAUUUGGAGAUAAUGUCAGUGAUGCUUUGUUGGCUAUAUGUACUGCAGGUGUAUCGAUUGGAGCCAUGACAGGAGGUAUAUUCUGUGGCAUCUUAUCAGACUAUGUGUUUAACUCGAAGCGUGCACCAUCUCUUCUGAUAUUCUUCAUGCUUAUGAAUGUCCUAAUCGUAUCAGUCUAUUUUGCAACCAACCCUGCCUUCAUCGUCAUCAUCCUCUACUCCCUAAUGAUCAUCAUGUUUGGAACAAACAAUGUCCUGAGUAUCACAGCAUUACUUGAUAUGGGUGCAACUAGAAACGCAGCACUGAUGGCAGGAUUGCUAACAAUGUUCCAGUACGUGGCCAGUGGAUUCUCUGGCUUCUUCUUGGGAUUCGCAGUGGAGAAGUGGGGAUAUGGAGUAUGGAUCCUCUCAAUGAUACCCUUCAGUCUUGCCGCAAUGGUUAUGAUGGGUGUCAGUGGUAUUAGCGAUCUACUCUUCUGGAAGAAAUGGACAAAGCUUGGCGAUCACAAGGCAACUCCUUCUCACCAUUCUGAACAUCAGAUUGAGUUCAGUGGUCAGCAUUAA